AAAUCUUAAAGUCGAUAAAGGCUGCGUGCGUCACGUCACUGCGCAAUCAAGCACGGAAAUAAAAUAACAGCUGUUCUACAAUAUUCGUUCGGGCAACUCAGUCAGCAGCUGUAGCACGCACGUAGCUGAUUUUCUUCGGAUUACGUUUCGUUGAACGGUGCUUCGCUUUCUCAUUGUUGUUUAACUGAUCGUGUGCUUUGGGUCUAUUGUUUCGUCUACUUUUCAACGUAAAUUAUUAACAAAGAUUUAAGGGUUGACGUUUGAAGUGUGUGACACGUACUUGUGGAUGCUGCAGUAUCGAUGCUAUGUUUACCAAAAUUUCUAGUUCGUUGUUAUUGUGACGAGUUGAAAUGCCUGGUGGAUACGUGGACAGCAUAAAGAGUUCCAAAGUGAUAUGUUUAUAUAAUUUUGUUUAGAUAGGUAGUGAAGGUUGAAUAAAUACAUAACUGACAAUGUCUAACACUGUUCCAACGAGUUCAGCCCUCAGGGCUUUAGCGUUGGAGUACAAGAGUCUGCAAGAAGAACCUGUAGAAGGUUUCCGUGUUAAAUUGCUAGGAGAGGACAAUCUAUUUGAGUGGGAAGUGGCAAUCUUCGGACCGCCGGAUACACUUUAUCAAGGUGGAUACUUCAAGGCACACAUGAAAUUCCCCCCUGACUACCCGUAUUCACCACCAUCCAUUAGGUUUUUAACUAAAGUCUGGCAUCCAAAUGUAUAUGAAAACGGAGAUCUUUGCAUAUCGAUUCUCCACCCGCCCGUGGAUGAUCCUCAGUCUGGCGAACUGCCCUGCGAACGUUGGAACCCUACACAAUCGGUUCGCACCGUACUCCUCUCUGUAAUCUCACUCCUCAACGAGCCGAACACCUUCAGUCCGGCGAACGUCGAUGCAAGCGUGAUGUACCGCCGCUGGCGUGACUCGAAGGGCAAGGACAAGGAGUACGAGAACAUUAUUAGGAAACAAGCGCAAGUCGCCCGUAUGGAGGCUGAAAAAGAAGGCAUAGUUGUACCGCUGACAUUAGAAGAUUACUGCAUUAAAACACAGGUCAAGUCAACGACGCACGAGCCUCAGCUGGACAUGACUGAUUUUUACGACGACGAUUACGACGAUCUGGACACGGAUUCGGACGAGGAGCUCGAGGGGGGUGACGGCGACGGCGACGACAGCGGCAACGGGGAGUCGUGAGGCCGCGCCCCCGCGCCCCUCUGCCGCCACGUCCCGACCAAACGUGUACGGACCUCUAUACAUUAUGUAGCACAUCACUAAUAAACGUGUUGUCCUAUAUCAAUAUUAGAAGAAAAAAAAAACAUGAAAUCACAGAUAAUAUAGAAAUAAAAAAAAAAAAAUAAAAAAACUGUCGGUCAGAUUGUGUUUCAAGAACUCUAUGUAGCAAGCACAUCACUAAUAAACGCGUUGUACUAUAUCAACAUUAGAAGGAAAAAAACAUGAAAUCACAGAUAUAGAAUUAAAAAAAAAAAAUUAAAAAACUAUCGUACAGAAUGUGUUUCAAAAUUUCUUAAAAAAAAAAAAACAAAAAAGUUUUAAUAUUUUCAACGUUAAUUUGUACUGUACUACAUUUUCUGUUGAUUAUAAAUCUUUUUUUUUUCCGACUAUACUAUAAUAACAACAAAAAAACUAUGUUUAAGAAAACAACGAUUCACGCAUGUAAAUAAAGUUUAGGUACCUACUUGAAGCGACGUUUGAGAAAAUAAGUAUUUAAGUAGUUCGAUCGUACGCGGAUCGCAAUACUAAUAAUGCUAUACACAAUUUAUUUAAUACGUUAGCUUGUUAACUGACAUAGUUUUAAAUAAAUUUUCAUUUUGCGUAGCUUAUUUAGUAUACGUACGUAAUGAUAAAUUCGAUGGGAAACUAUUGUAGAUGUGACAUGAAUGUGGCUGUAUUCAUGAAUCGUAUCGAAUGCUUCUAAUUAUAUUCAUAGUAGUAGCUGAUUAAUAAAACUGAUCGUCGUUUAUACAAAACAUUUAAUGUGUAAUAAAAUAAAAACAACGCUGUAAUAUUAAUUUAAGGAUGUUUUGAAAGGGUACAUAAAUCAAUGAAAAACACUAUACACAUAUUGCUACUUGAAGCGAUACGUCAGUAGGUUAGAAGUAAAUUAACAGGGAAUGUAAAUGAGGUAACAGGCUCCCAAUCUACACUGAGAAUUUACGAUGAUUCGAAUUACGAUCUUAACUCUUUGAAUCAAGGUAGACUUUCGGUACGAUAUUCGAUCUAAUUGAUUAGGUCUUUUUACAAUCACAUCGAUGCCAGUACGGGGCUCGUUCGUACUAAAAUGGAACCGCUGCACUUAUCUACAAUACGUUUCUGAGAGAUCAUUUUGCAAAUGACCUAGUGGUAAGACCUCUUGUCAAUUGCUCUAUGGCAAACCAGAGGGCCGCAGAAGUCGUGACAGACUCAAACGCCGAUGGUUGGAUGGCGUGGAGCGCGACCUCAAAAAUAUCGGUGUCAAGAACUGGAAGGAGAAAGCCCUGAACAGAGCAGUCUGGAGAGACAUACUGGACCAGGCUAAGGCCCACCCUGGGCUGUAAGGCCUAAGAUGAUGAUGAUGAAGACCUCUUGUGAGUCCGCACGGGUAGGUACCAUCACCCCGCCUAUUUCUGCCGUGAAGCAGUAAUGCGUUUCGGUUUGAAGGGUGAGGCAGCCGUCGUAACUAUACUUAGAUCUUAGAACUUAUAUCUCAAGGUUGGUGGCGGCAUUUACGUUAUAGAUCUCUAUUGGCUCCGGUAACCACUUAACACCAGGUGGGUAAUAAAAAAAAAUUGAAAAAAGCAGUGGCUCAGGUGUGCUCCCGGCGCUUACGAUGUCCAUUCAGAUAGAGGUGUAUAUACAGCGUGUGCAAAAUCCGUGUCCAAUCUACGUUAAUAGAAAUGCUCAACCAAAAAGGUCCUUGUGCGGACAAUAAUAAAAAUCAAUGCCGGAAGAUAUUUAGCAAAAAUUCUAAUUUAGCCUUAGACAAAACUAAUUUCAAUGAGUAUAAUCGACCACUAGUCCACAGAGUGUCGCCACUGUAUUUACGAAGUUCGCAGCAAACUCUUGUAUCCAUAAUUUAAGUGUGAUUUUUAAAACUUUGAUAUUGAAUUUGAUUUGUCUCUGUCAUUAUAAAUACUGACUAAAUAAGUAAGUACUUGUUAUAUGUAGCCUACAUUUCCUGUUAAUUUAUUUUUGAUCAUCAUUUAAAAUCUAGCGGUGUAAAUAAGAGAAACAAACGCGUCAAUUCAAUUUAGAACACUUCACAUUUUGAACAAAACUGAAUGUUUGAAUAUUUUCGAAACGUUUUCAAUUGUACCCUGUAACAAAUCUAGUUCUGUCAUAGGAAAUUGUUGAUUUUGAAUUGUAAAUUGUAAUAAAAAUCACAUAACAGUAGAUUUGGUAUAUAUGACAAGGACUUUUUUUUUAAUAAAAGAAAAAUAUGAAUCUCAGCGAGACCGAACUGAGAGGGCAACGGAGAGAAGGUUGAAGGAAAGUAUUUAGUGUUGUUACUGCUUACUGAUUCUCAGUGCAAAGGCAUAAUGCUUUCAGAUCUGAAACCCUCUAAGGUAAAUCUAAGAAAAUAUUUUUAUUAUAGAAUUAAUGGAAUAAAAAUAUAUUGUUGAAGGGUUAAUAAAAGGACAUGUAGCAUGUAAUUUAUCGAAACAGUACGUUGAGAUAGAUACCUAGUUGCUCUUCAGUGGAUUGAGUGCUAGUUUUUCUGUGGAAUUCACCACGAAUACGAAUGCGAACGCGUUGUAAAAUAGAUACAUGCGAGGUGACAACGAGACGUAUUCGCUUGAGAGUUGGUUCCGUGUCAGGCUACAUUCAUACAUUUAAGUCGAAUUAAUUAUUAUUUUUAUUUAAUUUUUAUUGCCUUUGUAGGCAGACAAGCGUACGGCCCACCUGAUGGUAAGUGGUUACCGUCGCCCAUGGACUUCAGCAAUGCCAGGAGCAGAGCCAAGCCGCUGCCUACCUUUACCGACCUACCUACCUAUUUUAUAAAAUGCAUUGUCUAUAAGAUCUAAAUGUAUACUACAUACUAAAUUCUGAACUGAAUAAUUUAUAGUUUGUGGCAUCCUUUAGAGUUUCGUCAUGCCCUUUUUUUGGUUGGUUAUGACUUGAAUAAGUAUUCGCGGAAAGGUUUUGUGAUAUAGAUUUUUUUUGUCCUACCUAUUCGGUAAUAGCCUGAGGCUAUUCCAGUUACGCCCGCAAGUGUAGGUCAGCAGCUCACGGGCUCUACUUGAGAGGAUACCUUAAGGUCAAUAUUCGCAUGAACACGACGGUGAUCACCGAUAAUACAAUUCGAACACAUAAAUGGCGCCGUUUCUCCUGUUAAGGAAAAAAGUUUGGAUUUGUCUAUGCACUUUUGCUACAUAUAGUACAUAUAAUGACGUCGUACCUGUGAAUCGACUGACUCCCAACAAUGUAUAUUAUUAAUUGUACAUUUUAAAAGUCAAAUGAACAGUAGUAGAAAUACUUAGAAUCCUUAGAAUUUGUACUAAACGAAUAAAUGUUGCGUAAUGUUUGUGUAAAGCGAAAUGUAUUGCACCUUAGCUGUGUUGAACGAAUGAAAAUGUUUGAUGAUUGUGACGCCAAUAAUAUAGAUAAACGUUUAUUAUUGCAGUCAGUCGCCAGUGCUUAACUUAUAUUAUAUCAGAUGUCUCAAUAAUUGAUUAGAAUAUAAUCGACGCUUGAAAGGCAAAAAUGACUAAGCGACAAUAACUGCUUUGUACAUAAAUGAUAGGCAAUAACAAUUUUCGAUGUGCAAAAAAAAUAUAUUUCUAGGUUUAUUAAAAUCAUUUCAAUCCUACAGCUACUAGCUAGAUUCGUUAAAAUCAAUUUUGUUUUCAGGUAUUUCAACUUUAAAUUAGUCUACUGUAAAGUUCACGCAUUGUCGCUUAGUCACGUUUGCCUUUCAAGCGUCGUUUAUAUAUAUUUUAAUUUAUCGUACCACAUCCAUCGAAUGCUGACGAUUCGUUCUCUAAUCCUUGAUGCACGUUGCAGCAAUAGGCGAGAACUUAGUGCGUAGUUCAAUGUACUUGAUGUAUAGUAGUCGUAGAUGGUUAAUAAUAAUAUUUUGAAGAAAAUAUCGGAUUCAAUAAAGCACUAAUGACUAUGCCGGAAACCUUAAUGCAUUAUUUUUUUCAUUAAUUGUUUAAUGUUUAAAGUUGUCAAUCCUGCUUGCCUAUAAUAGAGUAAAUUUUUAGUAGAACCCAGUUGCUUGUAAUACAUAAGUGUGUCACUUACAUACCUGCUAUUGAUUUUUAUUUCAAAUUCCUCCAAUGCUUUGCUAAAUUAGGAAAUGUAGUAUUGGCAAAAGUAAAGAGUCUAAAUUUAUAUUACGUAUAUGAUUACUGUGCUUGUAAACAUUUGAAAACUGUGUUGAUUUAGAUAAAAUGUAUUCUGUAAUUUAGUUAGUAGGAUUAGCAAAAUUAAGCAUCCUGCUAAAUAUUGCUUUUUUUUCAUAACAGUGACUUUUCCUUUUCUGAUAUUUGUUCUCAUGUUCAAGAUUGAAAAAUAGAAUUAAAAAACCAUGUUAUGUCUAAUAUGUGUAUUAACUAAACGCGUUUUGUUUAAAAUGGCAUCUUCAGUAUGUUACGUUAAUUUACUUACCUAUCGUAUCUAAGCAUUACAGAAGAAUUCUUUAGUUUCACCGAGACGAAUUUGAUGAUAGGUCAUUUUUAAGUUUUAAUUAAACAAGUUCAAUUGUAAAAUUAUUGAAUGAAAUUAUGUUUGUACUUUCCCUCUCUCUCUCAUUGAAAAGUUAAGAUUUAAGUAAAAUAAUAGGCGGUUUGGAAAAAUAACGUAGGAAAAUUAAAAGGCAAGAACGUUAAGUAAUAACUACUUGAUUAUAUUAAAUUUAAUAAAACAAAUGUGUUUUGA